AGUACUAGCUGAUCGUCCGACCGGUAAUAUAUACCUACCGCCUACGUGAUCUGUUCCAGGUCUCUACCAUCAACUCUAUCCUAUACUUUGGGUAUACAGUACCGACGAAGCAUCCUUCAAAAAAACAUCACGAGUCGUCGGACCUCCUACAUCAUGGCUACACCAACAAGUGCCUCCAGCGCUGGCGAUAGCCCGCAGGAUACAACUGACGUUCAACCCAUCCAGACUUCUGUAGUUACCAACGGCUCCUCCAUCUUUGGUAGCGGACAGGUCGAUGAUGAGCCAUCCGACCUCCAGAGCAAGAGGAAGAUUACCGACCCGGACCUCGAAGUCAUAACGAUAGACAGAUACUACGACCUUACCCUCAUAGUAGGGUCUCCGGAGCAUGCUGAUGGUCAAAAAGCCUACAAAGUGAACAAGGGCGUCUUCCGACAUGCCAGCAAAGUAUGGGAUGCCAUGAUGAACGGCAACUGGGCUGAGAGCGGCAUGUCCGAAAUCGCCUUUCCUGAAGACUCAUCCUACGCCUUUCACAUUGUCCUCCGAAUUGCUCACUGGCAACUUCAAGAGCUGCCUGCGACGCUAUCGCAGCAGGAGCUGGUACAGAUUGCAGUCUUGUCAGACAAGUACGACCUAGAGCGUCUCCUGCAUGCUGCAGCCGAGCUGAAGAAUUGGAUCCAACAACACAAAGACGGUGGUACAUUCUGGCCUUCCGACAUCGAUCUUCAAGACUUUACGAUGAUUACGGCCGCGUUCGGGUUCACGGCUGACUACGAAUACCUUGUUAACAAGCUGGCCAUGGAGAUCUCCGUCGACAAAGACAAGCGCUACUGCGUGGUAUACGACCAUAAGUUGGUGCAUGUUCGAGCUGAUUUCCCCACGCGUAUUCAAGCCUAGGUUGACGUUGGAUCAUCCACUUUGCAUGUUUUCAUCUUGAUGUAGGCUGCAGGCCUGUUCAGCUUUUUUCCUGCAUGAGGUGGUCAUAUUAAUGUGGUCUCAUCGAUGCUAAUCUUGAGUAUAGAUGAAGCCGGCCAAGCCCGUACUGCAGUACUCCAAGACCUCCUACAGACGUGCAAAACCGCCUUGCAUAACACUUUUACUAAGGACGUCGGCAAAUGUGGAUCAAAACUUUGUCCAUUGACCCAAUUUGGCUUGACGACUAAAGUAUUGGAUGCAGCAGAGCUUCAUCCACUUCCAGAAAGUGUGAAUUCGAUGCAUCUCAGUGUUUUGGUAUACUGGGCCCACUUGAACAACACCAGAACCGAUUAUGACGGUCUCCUACCAUCCCGCUGCCGGGCCGCA